AUGUUCUUGUUUGUGCUGCUUGCCUCUGUGUCUUGUAUGGCAGAAGAAAUAGACAUGGUGUUUACAACCUUGGAUAACAAGGUCCUUCCCAUAGAAAGCAUCCCUUCAUCUUCUAAUCUUGCUGUGACCUUCGAGGCUUUUGGAAGGGAGUUUAGACUUGCAUUGAAUGAUUCAUCUCUUAAAGUCAAUGGUGUGCUUAUGAGGCAGAACCUUUGCGACUUCUCCGUUACAUGCCUUUAUGAAGAGGAGUGCUAUGGAUCGAUGUCCUUCUGCAAUUCCAUUUAUGGAUCAUUUGUGUCCUCCGGAGUUAUGUAUCAGAUCAAAUCAACUGAAGACGGAAAAGUUGAGAUUGAGGAGUUGAGGCGGGUUUCUGCAGGUACACAGGAGCAUGUCUCCAAGAAGCAUGCCGAGACAGAAAAGAAAAGAGUCAUCAAGAUCUUCUUGAUUAAUGAUUACGACAGGGUUCAAGAGAUAGGCCCAGAUAUCAACCUUGACACUAUAGAGAUAUUCAAGAAUGCAAAGGAUAUAUUCGAAGGAAACAAAUGGAAUAUCCGCGGAAUUGAGUUAUCCUUGAAUGGCAUCCUCAAUGUUGUGGACAGGCCCUUGAUCCAAGAGCCCUUUAGUAGAUUACAAGAGCUGGAGAUGAUAAAAAAUAGAGGCUUCAAUCCAGAAUAUAUAGAAAAGGCCGACAGUAUCAGAAUGCUAAAUGCUUUCAGCCGAACUUUCGGGUCUGCUCCGAUGGACACAAAUGUUGGGGAGUUUCUGAAGAAGUCAAACCUGAUCCUUCUUCUCCAGACGUCCAGUAUAAAGGUGAAUGGAUUGACAUUUGUUGGGGGAGUAAGCUCUGCCACAAAAAGGUUCGGCGUUAUCAGGAUUUCCGAACUAGAUUCGUAUUUCUAUAAAGGAAAGGUGAUGGCACAUGAAAUAGCACAUGGAUUAGGUGCUGAGCAUGAGGCAGAUGGGGAGUGCUUGAUGAGAGAGGAGGAAAGCCCAUUAGAGAAAGAAGAGCAUGUUUCUCUUGGGCAUAAGGCCAUAGAGGCAAUAGAAAGCUUUAUCCUGAGAAAUGAGUCGAAGUUUAGAGAUAUGGACACGUGUGGGAACGGUGUGAUGGGAGAGGGAAAGGAAUGUGAUUCGGGCCUUCCAAAUGGCUCUAUUUGCUGCACCAAGCAAUGCAAGUUAAGGCCCUGGGCACGGUGUGAUGAUAGAAAUGGAAGAUGCUGCAGAGAUUGUGGCCUACUUCCAAAAAAUACAAUGUGUAAGGAGAAAUCCUCAAAUGUUCACAAGAUGGAUUGCGAGAAGGGAAGUUAUUGUGAUGGUGAAUCUCCCGAGUGUAGAAUCAGAUAUGCCAAAGAUGGGUCGAGGCCUAUUCCAGAGGGUGUCUGCAAGAGAGGGGUGCUACAAACAGAAGCUUUGAUGUGCGAGAGGGUUGGCAAGUUUUUCAGUGAAAAGUGCCCGUCUAAGGAUGGAAACCUCUGGUGUCUUGACCAAUACGACGUAUGCUCGCCUGUCUUCACUUCGCUUUCCCUUCCCAUAAAGCUUCCAGUCCUGAAAAGUCAGAAGGCUGUGCCUUUAACCGUCAUUGAGAGUAGGCCUAUGCUCUUACUAAUAGUUAUGUCAAUUUGUUUAUUGGUUGCUUCGAAAUUCAUUGUUCCAAGAAGAUGA